AUGUUGGCAUCGCUCUUUGGGUAUGUAAAUACCGCGCUUCAUGGGCGUGUGCGUCGCGAUUUUCUCGUCGAGACCGACGACCAGGAUGGGCUUCAAGACCGGGUCCCGAAAGCGAGUACCGAAACUCAGAUUGACCAGACCAUAUACCCUUCUGUCGACCACCUAGCCAAUGUUGUACGCAACCAAAUAUCGGGUCCUAAGUCUCGCGACACAGGUCCUACAUCCCUCCAUGACUGUGGCGGGAGAUUGGCCAGUGAUCAGCUAAUUAAUCAGACUCAAUGGUUUAAGAUACCGAGGCAUCCCUGGGAAGAAGACACGCAAUAUAGCACCAUUCCGAAGCUCAAGACCGAUCGGAAACGCCACCAUUGCCUUCUGUGA